AUGCCACAGCAAAAGAUGGGCCCCGGUGGUCAUUAUUCUGGCACCAAUCCCAUCCCAAAUAUCCAAAGAUUCGUUGAGGGCUUAGACGCCGAUAAAAAGCAGCGAGAUGCAGCUAUAGAAGAACAGGCCAAAGUCCACCAGAAAAACAACGUCGAAGACCACAAGGAUGGUCAACCCACGGGCGUUUCUGGUACGAGGAAGACAGUCACCGACCCUGUAACCGGUAAUGAAGUUGAGAUCGAAGAUGUCAAUGCCGACGUCAUGAAGGCUGUCGAAAACCCACAGCUCUCCGUGCCGAAUGCGAAUCUCAAUAAAGACACUCCUGUCAAGACGGAAUCACAUCAGUCCGGCGAAGAAUAUAGCAGAAAUCAAGAUAUAACUGCCCCUCCAGAUCCAAUACACCCCGGCACCACUUCUGAUGUCCCCAUCCAUGGCGAGAAAACGAAUAUUCUCUUCCAUCCUACGCCUUCGGUCAGCUUUGAACCUAUGUAUGAGGCUUUAGAGAACAGAACAACGAUACUUUGCGCCGGUGUAUUGAUCGGAAUUGUCGUGCUAGGUAAAUUCUUCGGAGGAGCAUUGUAUGGACUUAUACCGCUUGGGAUAUGCGUUUCGUCGGGUAUUUACUUGUGGAUGAAAGAUCUUGUACGCAAAGGGCGAGACCACGAGUGGUCCGCUGAGAAAGUGCGUGGCGAAACGGCAACCGCAAAUCUUAUCCCAGAAUCAGUUGAAUGGGUUAAUACCCUCCUCGGGGUAAUGUGGGGACUUAUUGACCCCGACAUGUUUGCUGGUAUUGCCGACACAUUGGAAGAUGUCAUGCAAGCUUCUGUUCCUGGCGCCAUCGAAAAUGUCCGAGUUGCUGAUAUCAACCAAGGCGAUAACCCAAUUCGCAUACUUAGUUUGCGUGCUCUUCCUGAUGCACACGUUAAGGAGCUCAAGGAUGAUAUUCAUCGGCAGAAUAGAGAAACUAAAGACCCCGAGGAAUUGGCCGCCGACGAGGAGGGCGGGGAUUACUACAACCUUGAAUGUUCAUUUGCAUAUCACGCUGCACCCUCCGGAGCGGGGGCUUCUGCAAAAGCUAAGAACAUGCACAUGCACCUGGUGUUUUAUCUAGGAAUAAAAGGCCUCUUUGGGGUCCCAUUACCUAUAUUUGUUGAGCUUCAAGGACUGGUGGGAACCGUUAGGUUGCGACUCCAACUGUCACCAGAAGCUCCAUUUUUGAAAUCUUUGACCUUCACCCUCAUGGGAUUGCCCAAGGUUCAAGCAGGCUGCGUUCCAAUGAUCGAGAGCGGUAUCAACAUCUUAAAUCUCCCACUGAUCUCCAACUUUGUCAACUACGCCAUUAGUGCUGCUGCAAACGAAUAUGUUGCCCCCAAGUCGAUGACUCUCGACAUGGGCAAGCUGCUGCAGGGUGACGACAUUCAAAAGGAUGUCGAGGCUCUGGGAAUACUUUGGAUUAGGAUCCACAAAGCCUCAGGCCUCAGCAAGCAAGAUCAGCGCGGAAGCAAAGGGGGCGGAAGCGACCCCUACGUUACAGUCAGUUUUUCCAAGUAUGGGAAGCCAAUGUACUGCACUCGAGUCAUUCAAGACGACCUGAACCCAGUUUGGGAAGAGACCUGCGCUAUCCUCGUAACACCCAGCCUUAUAAAGGUCGACGAACAACUGUCCAUGGAACUAUGGGACUCUGAUCGAUCUACCUCUGACGAUGUGGUGGGAAAGGUUGAGCUGUCGAUGCAAAAAAUGAUUCAACAUCCGGGUAAGAUGUAUCCCCAAAUUUCGAAACUCCGAGGCAUGCACCAGGACAGCACUAUGCCCGGCGAACUUCAUUGGGAGGUGGGAUUCUUCGGCAAGCCACAAUUCCGGCCAGCACUCAGGACUCAUGGAAAGGACGUCAACUUACCAGAGCAGCUCAAGGAUAUGCCGGAGCUACAAGACGAGAAGGGAGCACUGGACAAUGCUACAGAAGAUGCCGUGGUCCAUACACCUCCAGAUCCUCUCUGGCCAAGUGGUAUCUGUAGCAUUAUCGUCCACCAAAUCGUCAAUCUAGAGCUUGAGAAUAUUCAGGGUAGCGACGGCAAGCGCAAGGGUAAGGAAUAUGAGCCGGCCCAACCAAGCGGAGAGAGUAAGGAAGAGGAGAACAAGAGGCUGCCAAGCAGCUACUGUACGAUUCUGUACAAUGAUGAAUUGGUAUACCGUACCAGGACAAAAGUUGUUAGCAGCAAACCCAUCUUCAACGCCGGCACUGAGCGGUUCAUGAGGGAUUGGAGGUCUGGUAUCGUGACGAUCACAGUUCGAGAUCAGCGAAUGAGACAGCACGAUCCAAUUCUUGGUGUCGUCCCUCUGAAGCUUUCCGAUAUUCUGCAAACAAGUUCGCAAGUGACUAGAUGGUAUCCUCUUGAUGGUGGUAUUGGAUUCGGACGUGUUAGAGUCUCCCUCCUAUUUAGGAGUGUGGAGACCCGACUGCCACCUACACAGCUGGGUUGGGAUGUAGGGACGUUUGAGUUCCUGUGUAAUAAAAUUCUUGCUACUGGUUAUAGCGGUCACACCAAGCUCAAGAUGAGAACUGGUGGUAGCUCUGGCAAGAUCUCAAGAUCUCAAUGUCGGAAGACGGACGAAGGGGACGGGAUUUACUGGGAUAUUGCGAAGAAGGAAGGCAAAAACAAUGUCCGACUACCAGUGAGAUAUCGCUAUAGGGCUCCCAUUGUCUUUGAGUUUCAUUCUUCCAGCAAGCGUCAGGCAGACGCCUAUGCAGUUGUUUGGCUCCACCACCUCGAGGAUAUGAAGGAGGAGGAUAUCAAUAUCCCAAUCUGGAAGACGGACAAUGGCAUGCGAUUGUCACAAAACUACAUCACAGAAGAGAACUUCAAAUCCAUUCCAGAUCUUGAGCUCGAAGAAGUGGGCCGGUUGCAGUUCAGGGCUAGAUUCAAGCCUGGUACAGACGAGGACCAUUCCCGUUUUGUUACUGACAACGACUCUCGAGAAACGCAAGAGACCUGGGAGGCGUGCCACUCUGAGGGUGUGCGGGAUCGUGUCGUGACGAAGGAAAUGCCAGAGGCGGUCCAGGCACUCCACGAUCAAUCCUUAAGCCAGGGCCGAGAUGUUCUAGCUUUGGCAGAUGAUGACGAGAAGCAGAAGUGGCUGUCAAAGGAUGGCACAGAUUGGAGCGGCGCCUUCGGAAGAGACCCAGCUUUGUAUGCCAGUCAUGUCGGGACGCGUCCUUACAGGAAAGCUGCUAACGGUCCUAGCGAGGGGGGAGACGAAAAUAGGGGUGACACUAACGAGAGUAUAAAUGAACAAACAGAUGAUGAGGAUAGAGAUAGUAAAGAUUACGAGUCCACCGACUCUUCAAGCGACCUUGGUGUCCAUGAUGCAACGAAUGAUGAGCAAACCACGGAGAAUGCCAACGAAGAAGAACCUAGAGGCAAAUCUGGAUCUUCGCAUGGGUCAAAUCCGAUAAGUCAAAUCAAGGAAUAUAACGAGAACAAGAAAGGGCUCCAUCGUAAGCAGAGGGGCCUCAUGCAGUGGAAGCCAGUCAGGAACUUGGCGUUUGCAAAGGAUGAGGCCAAGUUUGCUGUCAGGAGGACGUUUAAAAUGGGUUCUUUGAAGGGUAGGCAGCCGGAUGUAGAGACGGAAACUUGA